UCGAUCUGAACAGAACUCAAAGCCCCUGCAAAAGUAAAGACAACGGGAGACGAUGGCGCGGCAAACGGACGCAGCCGCCGAGUUCAAACAGAACAUCUCCCGUCACAUCGACGAAGCCAAGGAGCGGCUCCACAGCCUCAGCCGGGAGAUCUGGACUUGUCCCGAACUCGCGUACGAGGAAAGGAAGGCCCACGACAGCCUGGUGGCGUUUUUCUCCCAGGAUGGAGGCUGGACGGUCGACCGUCACUUCAAGCUGGAGACGGCGUUCCGUGCCACAUGGGGACCCGGGGGCGCCGACGAGGGCCGAGUGGUGCACGUCGGUUUCCUGUGCGAGUACGACGCGCUGCCCGGCAUCGGACACGCCUGCGGACACAACCUGAUAGCCGAGGUCGGAGCCGCUGCCGGGCUCGGGUUGAAAACUCUGCUGGAGAACAGCCCCAACUUCCCUGCACGGGUUCAGGUGACUGUAUUUGGGACACCAGCUGAGGAGGAUGGUGGCGGUAAGGUUGACAUGAUAAAUAUGGGUGCAUUUGAAGGCCUGGAUGUAGUACUCAUGGCACACCCGGCUCAGGAUGAUGCCCCAUACCUGCCAGAUGUGGCCGAACGCGACGUUACUAUAAGAUACCACGGGAAGGCCUCUCAUGCUUCCGCGUACCCCUGGGAGGGGGUCAACGCUUUGGAUGCAGCGGUGCUGUGCUACAACAACCUGUCUGUGCUCAGACAGCAGCUCAAGCCAAAUUGGAGAGUUCAUGGUAUCAUAAAACAUGGCGGUGUGAAACCCAAUAUAAUUCCUGCCUACACUGAGUGUGAGUAUAAUCUGCGCACCCCUUCACGCAGCGAGCUUCCCAUCAUCAAGGCAAAAGCUGAGAAGUGUUUUCGAUCAGCAGCUCUGGCAACUGGCUGUGAAGUUGAAAUCAAGUUUGGGAGAAACUCUGACAACAUCUUGCGAAAUGCCACACUAGAGCAGGUGUAUGAAAGAAAUGGCAAAGCGUUGGGGAUGGAGUUCACCACGGAUGAGGAAGUUCUCACUAAUGCAACAGGCUCCUCAGACUUUGGCAAUGUGACUUUUGUGGUUCCUGGAAUCCAACCCUACUUCUACAUUGGCUCUAAAGCUCUAAACCACACUGAGGAAUACACUGUAGCUGCUGGUGAUGAAAAAGCUCAGUUCUACACCCUGCGGACAGGGAAGGCUUUGGCCAUGACAGCCCUAGACCUGCUGUUGUAUCCAGAGCUGCUCCACAUGGUGAAGAAGGAGUUUGCUGAGGCCAAGCUAAAGGACGAGAAGGAGUUCGCUGAGGCCAAGCUAAAGGAGGAGAGGCUCCUGAAGGGCGGACAAGCAUAGGACACCUCAAAACUCAAGUAAGGUUGCCUGAGGAGCUACUGCCAAGAUCUGAGCUCUCUGCACAGAGACAGUACACUAGCCAGCCACUGGCAAACUGGAUUCCCGAGUCUUACACUAAUCCAUAACAUGGACUUGAAAUUUUUUAAAAACCAUGACCUUGACCUCUGUUAUGUAAACUUUUAUUUCUGACUGCAUCAGGAUACGUUUUUGGCAGAGGACCCAGCCAGAGGUCUAUGCAAAUAACAAACAUACAUGUUGCUUCUUUUUUAACACAUCCUCUAGUCUUCUAUGCUUAAAUGAAAAAACUGUAACAACAAAAGGACCAUUUUUAGAUUUAAAGUAAGUUUCCAAAAUGUUGCCCUCCGAGAAAGCAAAGAUGGAUGCUAUCUGUAGAUUGAAUGUGCAGAUCUAGCAUAUGUGAGAGACAAAUUACUUUUGCAACUAUUAUUAAUGCACGCUGAAUCAUUUGCUCACUUUCAACUGUGAUAGUUUUUUUCUCUUCCUGUUGUACAACUACUUUUUCAACAUCUACACCCUUUUUUGUCAUAUCAUGAAAAGAUUUUUCUUAGUUGGAAAUAGUUUCAUUUGUAAUUCCUUGCGUUUGUCUUUCAUCAGAAUUAUUUCACACAAGGAAAACCUGAGCAAAUUUUGCAAAGCUUUCAAUUCUUGUGGAUGUCUACUACUUUGGCAGAACAGCUGCUUAAUCCACAACAGAUGUUGCAUUUGUUGCCUAAGCAUAAAAGCGCCAGAAAACCAGGUUUCAAAGAUUCACUCAGAGGCAAAACCAUUACCUUAAAUCUAUUGGUACUAAUCCUUAGAGGGUCUGCAUUUAUUGAAACAGCAGAUUUUGCAUCUGAUUUUGUACUUUUGUUGUUUGUUUGUUUGUUUUUUUUGUAAAUUGCUUGAACAGUUAAAAUAACUUGCUAACUUUGAUCACUUGCACAUUCCCAAAGAAAUCUGAGUUGUUUUUUGUGCUCAAAGAGUUGGAGAACAGUCAAAUUCAAGCGUAUCCAGAGGAGGGUCACAUGAUCAAAUGGUAAUAUAAAAAACAUCUUGUUGACUGAAUAAAACUUUGACCCAACAACACAUGAAAUACACUCUUGGAGUUCAUUCAAGU